UGUUGCUUCAGUCGCAGUUCAUUUCCAGUCGCUCACUCGUGCAAAUUGGCUCAUUCAUUGCUUGUUCCGUUCGCGUUCCGUUUGCGUUCAACCACGUGUGUACUGCUCUAGGUUAUGUUCGGCGUAUUACGGCGACUAGUUACAGUAAAGUAUCUCUGCCUAUAGCUCAAUUCAAAAGUGCGUGCAAAACUUUGGAAAAGCUUUUCGGUUUGUGCGAAUAAUGGAAGGUUUCGACUACGUCAUCAAACGACCACCGCAAGCUAAAAUCUGCUUCGGCUCGAGCAUCCAAAGAGAAGCAGUUCCUCUGAAGGGACCCGCUUACAGCUCCAUCAUGCGCCGCACUAUGCCCGAGGUAGCCGGAGAACAUUUGGCCCCUGGUUCGUACAACAUAACGUACUUUGACAAGCAGUCCCAUCCGGUGUUGCAAAAGAUUUGCGGUACGCGUGGCUAUGGUUCCCUAUCCGCCACCACAAUUCGGUUCAAAUUUGACGAAGUCAGCAGCACUCCGGGUAUGGGAGAGUACGAUACAACUAAGGGGAAACCAGUUAGGAUCUGUCGCUAUCCGUUCGGGGUGAAAGUUCCACGAUGGAGGGAGAAACCUGUCCCGACCAUUCCUGGGCCAGGAACCUACUGCAGUAAACAGAGCAAAAACAUCAGACUACAAUCAUUCGGGGGGAAAAUCAAAAUCAUUCCGGCGACGAUGACAAUCUGCAAGACGGACAACUUUGACAAAUGCUACCGCUGUGACCAGAAACCGGAAGUUGACUAUUGGAAACAUCUCAAGAGCGACCGCAGCCUCUGUCGGCGUUGCAUGGAGAAGGAGACGGACGAUGCCAAGUACCGGUCGAAAACCAAAUCCACCAUGGUGAAGCGAUUGGCCGUACUCAGGGAGUUCCAGCGCGUACGUCACUGUUCCUAUUACCACAAGCAUGACAAAACGACGGCGGCAGUCCAGUUUGUGAGCAAUCGUGACCUGAAGCGGAAGUUUAGAAUUGAAAAUUAUCUGUCCAUGUACGAGUAAUAAAUUGAGAAGUAAACAUGGGAUUGAAGAACGUUCGGAUUAUCAAUUAGUCGUAGGCUCUUUUAGUUCGUCAGCCGGUGAGUGCUGAACUUUCCAAUAGUCGGUUUUAACUCCUCCUCUUGGCCAACCGGAGAGUUCAAAUUUCCUAUGAUGAUUUGAUGUCGUGGCAUGGGCAGC